UGUGUGAGUGAGUGAGUGUUCUCUAUUUUUGUUUGAGAGUUGGAAGUCUUACUUGGGGGUGUGUACGUAAAAAUGUAUCUUGGUGGUAAGAUGGAGGGUGAAGUAGAGAUAAAGUGUGAUGCUGAUGAACUUUUCCAAAUAUGUUCAGGUAAAAAAGCACAUACAGCACAAAACUUGAGCCCUGAUAAAGUAUCCAAACUAGACUUACAUGAAGGUGAAUGGAGAGAUCAUGGAUCCAUCAAGGUCUGGACUUAUGUUACAGAGGGAAAGGUGGAGACUUUUAAGGAGAAGGUCACCAUAGAUGACGAAAACAAAACAGUUCAUUUGACAGCAGUGGAGGGACAUUGCUUGGAUCUUUACAAGAGCUAUAACAUUAUUUACCAGAUCAUUCAUAAAGGAGAGACCAAUGUCCUCAAAAUCACUAUAGAGUAUGAGAAGCGAAUUGAGGAUGUUCCUCCUCCACAAAAAUAUAUGGACUUCAUAAUUGAUUUGGUUAAAGAUCUCGAUGCUAAACUUGUCAUGGCAUAAUAAUAUGCAAAGUUUAUAUACAUGUGUGCAUGUAUAAUUUGGUUGCAUUGUAUUGCAAUAUAAACGGGUUAUGACUUAAUCCUUGUGUUGUAAUGAGAGUUUGGAAGCUCCAACUUUGGUGCUUCAAAAACCCAAGUUGCAAGUUGAGUACUUGUUUAUGUAUAGCAUUAAAAAGCCUUUUAGUGUUGUUUAUUACUUAAAUAUAUCUCUAUUGGUC